AUGUCUCAUUCUCAUAACCAAACAGUUGAACACCUUUCAUUGAAAUCCAUUUGCUCAAUGUGCUACAACAAUAGACCAAAGCUUGAUUGGACAAUAAGAGACUUCACAUAUGCUGAGUUGCAUGCAGCCACACAAGGUUUUUCCAUAAAGAAUUUUCUGUCAGAAGGUGGAUUUGGUUCUGUCUACAAAGGAGAGAUUCUUGGACAGAAGAUUGCGGUUAAGCAAUGCAUUCACGCGAAUCACAAACAAGAGAAGGAGUUUAAAUCCGAAGUCGACGCACUAACAAAAGCGAGACAUGAGAAUGUUGUCAUGUUUCUUGGAUCUUGUUCUGAAGGAAACAAUAGGUUUCUUGUUUACGAAUUCGUCUGCAAUGGUUCACUCGAUCAACAUUUAUCACAAUAUUCUCGAAAGCCCCUUUGCUGGAAAGAUAGAGUGAAAGUUGCUAAUGGAGCUGCCAAAGGAUUGUUAUACCUUCAUCAGAAUAACAUCAUUCAUAGAGAUAUAAAACCAAACAACAUUCUUCUUACACAUGGUUGUGAAGUUUUGCUAGGUGAUUUUGGUUUGGCUAAAAUUGUAAGUGAAGAAUUCUCAUGUUCAAUAGAAUGUCCUGGAAAUUUGGCAUACUGGGCACCAGAAUAUGCAGCAUCUGGUAAAGUAUCAAAUAAGACAGAUGUGUAUUCCUUUGGAGUGGUUCUAGUUGAACUAAUAACUGGAAUGAAGACUACAGACAAAAGACUUGGUGGAAAGAAUCUAGUGGGAUGGGCUAGACCAUUACUAAAACAAGGGAACUGUCAAAAACUUGUCGAUGGAAGGAUAAUGGAUUCGCAUGACUGUCAUCAACUUUUCUGGCUGAGUCGUUUAGCCGGAAAUUGUCUGAACAAAGAUCCUCACAAACGAUUGGAUAUGAACACAGUGGUCAAAGCCUUAACACAUAUAGAGGAAGGUUGCAGUGGCUGCAUAGUGGGAAAAGACAGUAUUGAUAUGUCAAGCUAUUCUAAAUCAAAAGAUGAUAUGCAUGACUCUUCAGAAUCAGAUGAUGAAAGUGGAAAUAUUGGAAGUAGUUCCAUCACUGCAAAUUGCAAGAAUCUCAAAUUAUAA